AUGAUCUUUAUGCGGCCGAGUCCACCGCGCUCCCCGCCCAGCCCUGAGGCCGAGGUCCGCGCCCCGUUGUCGGCGCAGGGAACUACAUUUCCCAGGGGACCCCGAGCUGCCCCUUUGUGGCUUCUAGGCAGGACGGCCAGCGUGCCCACGGUUGAGGCUGCAGGGCAGAGCCCCAAACGGCCUGCUCUGGGCUCACGGCCCUCCGAGGCGGCGUGCCGGUGGGUUCUGCUGGCCCUGAUGACGCUGCUGGCCUUCGCCACCCGCUUCUAUCGUCUGGACCAGCCACCUCAUGUCUGUUGGGAUGAGACUCACUUUGGAAAAAUGGGAAGUUACUAUAUUAACCGAACCUUUUUCUUUGAUGUGCACCCUCCUCUGGGAAAGAUGCUGAUAGGUCUUGCUGGCUACCUGAGUGGAUAUGACGGUACCUUUAUGUUCCAGAAGCCUGGGGACAGAUACGAGCAUCACAACUACAUGGGAAUGAGAGGAUUCUGUGCGUUCCUCGGUUCCUUGCUGAUCCCCUUUGCCUACCUCACUGUACUGGAGCUGUCCAAGUCCCUCCCCGCAGCACUGCUCAGCGCUGCCCUCCUCACCUUUGACACAGGAUGCCUCACUCUGUCCCAGUACAUCCUCCUUGACCCCAUCUUGAUGUUCUUCAUCAUGGCUGCCAUGCUGAGCAUGGUCAAGUACAACUCCUGUGCUGACAGGCCCUUCUCUGCCCCCUGGUGGUUCUGGCUCAGCCUGACUGGCAUUAAUCUGGCUGGUGCUAUAGGGGUCAAGUUUGUUGGCCUCUUUAUCAUCCUGCACGUGGGGUGGAACACCGUAUCAGACCUUUGGCACCUGUUUGGAGACCUCAGUCUUUCAUUGGUGACUGUGGGAAAACACCUGACUGCGCGCAUCCUGUGCCUCAUAGUGCUGCCGCUGGCUCUCUACACAGCCAUCUAUGCUGUUCACUUUGCGGUGCUGAAUCAGAGUGGUCCCGGCGAUGGCUUCUUCAGCUCCGCCUUCCAGGCCCGGCUCGCAGGAAACACCCUUCACAACGCUUCCGUCCCUGAGUACCUGGCCUUCGGCUCUGUGAUCACUGUGAAGAACCUGCGGAUGGCCAUCGGCUAUCUCCACUCCCACAGGCACCUCUAUCCUGAGGGCAUUGGCGCCCACCAGCAGCAGGUCACCACCUAUCUGCACAAGGACUACAACAACCUGUGGAUUAUCAAGAAGCAGAACACAGACUCAGAUCCCCUAGACCCCUCAUUCCCAGUGGAGUUUGUAAGACAUGGAGACAUCAUUCGACUAGAACAUAAAGAGACCUCUCGGAACUUGCACAGUCACUAUCAUGAGGCCCCCCUGACCCGGAAGCACUACCAGGUCACUGGCUAUGGCAUAAAUGGGACAGGGGACUCAAAUGAUUUCUGGCGGAUUGAGGUUAUAAACAGAAAAUUUGGAAACCGGAUCAAAGUGCUGAGAAGUCGAAUUCGCUUCAUUCAUCUGGUCACAGGCUGUGUCCUGGGCUCCUCGGGAAAGGUUCUGCCCAAGUGGGGCUGGGAGCAGCUGGAAGUUACUUGCACUCCGUACCUAAAGGAAACCCUCAACUCCAUCUGGAAUGUGGAGGACCACAUCAAUCCCAAGUUGCCGAACAUCAGCCUGGACGUGCUGCAGCCCAGUUUUCCUGAGAUCUUGCUGGAGUCCCACAUGGUGAUGAUCCGGGGGAACAAUGGCCUCAAACCCAAGGACAAUGAAUUCACAUCCAAACCCUGGCACUGGCCUGUCAACUACCAGGGCCUGCGCUUCUCGGGGAUCAAUGACACGGACUUCCGAGUGUACCUGCUCGGCAACCCGGUGGUUUGGUGGCUGAAUCUGCUGAGCAUUGCCCUGUACCUCCUCUCAGGGAGCAUCAUUGGCGUCGCUGUGCAGAGAGGGGCGCAUCUGCCUGGGGAGGUUGAAGGGCUGUCCCAGGUCCUGCUGCGAGGAGGCGGUCAGCUGUUGCUGGGCUGGGCGCUCCACUACUUCCCCUUCUUCCUCAUGGGCCGGGUCCUCUAUUUCCACCACUACUUCCCAGCCAUGCUCUUCUCCAGCAUGCUCACAGGCAUUCUGUGGGACACGCUCCUGCGGCUCUGUGCCUGCGGCCUGGCUGCCUCUUCGCUGGCCAGCGGUGUCCACAUUGGGGGAGUCCUGAGCCUGCUCCUGGGAACUGCCUACAGCUUCUACCUCUUCCAUCCUCUCGCUUACGGGAUGGUUGGUCCCCUAGCCCAGGACCCCCAAAGUCCAAUGGCAGGACUAAGGUGGCUAGAAUCAUGGGACUUUUGAAGCCACAGCCUUAGUCCUGGAACUUCCUGGGGACAGCCAGCUGUGGAGCCAAUCCCUGAGCCCUCCCAGCUGUGGAGGAAGCUGCCCGAGGAGCCUGAGGAAUUCACUCGCCUGCAGGACCAAGCUCUAGGAGCAGACCUGGAAUCGAACCCAACACUAGAGAGCCACGGCUGUGUCUGCAGAUUCCACUGCUGGGGAUGGCUCAGCACCGAGGAGGUCUCUCAGGCCGCUGCCCUACAUGUGCAACAUGAGGAAGGAUGAGUGUGCGAGAGUGGUGGGAGUGCGAGGUGAGGGCACGUUUGUCCAGGCACCUGUGGAAUGUGGACUGUGGCUGCGGACAGCUGUGUCAUAAACUCUAAGAGAGUCCAGGGCUACAGUAGUUUUUUCUGGUAGUUUUUUCACACUGGAUUUGGUUUGUAAGUAAGACCCAGCAACAAUUCUCUGACCUCCAAGAGGGAUGAGAGCCUGGCCCCAUCUUGGGACAUCAGCAGUGGCAGAGCAGAAGGGACUGGCAGAGAAGAAGGGACUGGUAGAGCAGAAGGGACUGGCGGAGCUGUGCUGCCCUCCUCACAAAUAAACCAGUGCGCUGCAUGCCCCUGAGCUGGUGGGCAGCCCGCAGCUGCUUCCCCGCAUGGCUGCUGUUGGGACAGCUCCUGUGUGGCAGCAGGUGGCUGGACUUCUGUCUGAGGUGGCCACAGCAAGGCAGCUGAGGACUCGCCACGUCUGAAUGAGAUUGGCGGGAGGAAUGGUGUCCUAUCCUUGGCUACUCGGUGUUCCAAGGCCCUGGGGUUAGAGGCGGUUUCUCGCUACCCAUCCUUCCCUCUGCAUCCAGCUGUGACGACAGGACAGAUGCGUUCUCCUGGUGGCUGGGAGAGCCAUUGGGCCCCUUGCUGAGCAGCCAAGGCAGAUGUGUGGCAGGGCAGGGGUCCGUGUGGUGCUGGGCGGGGGUCACUCACUAAGUGUUCCCUAUUUUUACUUCUCAGUUAUCCCCUGCUGACACCCUCUACCACUCCUUUUCAUUUCCCUUUCUCUGUGUCGCGGGGUCAUCAAUCUCUUUUUCUCCACAAAGACCCGGAGCACCUAGAAAUGCAUUAAAGCUUCACCUUUCUUACUUUGAACCCAAGCAGGAAGCUCAGAGCUGUUCCUUUCACUUCCUCCCCAAAUGAAAGGGAUUAAGAAAGCCCUGGGGUCCCAACUGAACCAACCCCAGCCCUGGGGUCCCAACUGAACCAGCCUUCCGCCUGCCUCCCUCCUCCCAGUGCAUGACAGAGUAUUUAUUUUGUCUCAGAGGACUGUGAUGCUUCAAGGUUAAUGCCCAAUCUGCCACACUCCAUCUUCCCUCCUCUGUAGCCCCUACCAACUCUGACAGGGUCAGAGCUCUUUAGAGCAUCUUCGGAGGCGGUUGCCACGGAGACUGGAAAUUGGUCCUGGGGACAGGCUGUGCUACCUACUGGGUGAUGGGAAGGGAAGCUUCUGGCCAUGCUUGGACCUUGAGACCAACCAUCAUUAAUGUUAAUAGAGGAAAUAUAGCAACAUCAAAAGCAAGGCAGGUUUGUUAAUUAGAUCUGGGGCCUGAUGACCUCCCUCUCCCAGGGCUGCAGCCCUUUUGACUUCCCCCAGCAGGAAACACUGCCUGUGUGCUGAGUCUGGGCUGCUUGCUUAAUUGCAUUUCUGGAAGGGAAGGAGAACAGGAUGGAGAAACCUCUGCUUGCCCUCCACCCUCGCCUCGCCCUCCCCUUUUCCCAUCGGUGGAGUUGGUUUCUUCUGAGCUGGGUCAGGGCAGCCAUGUGGGGGGCUCUCCUGGAGGUAGAAUGCAGGAGUCAGCGCUUGGCUCUUAGUGAAGAACAACGGCCCACAGUGACAUCCAGGAGGUGGCUGGUGUUCCCUGUGCCUUGUGUUUCCCAGUGGGGACUCGUAGGAAGGUGGGACUCUGAAGGAGUCAGCGGGGCAGCCACUCUGAGUGAGGGUGAGGAAGGAGGAAUUGCAGGCAGCUCCCUGCCCAUCUCUCCUGCUGAUUUGGCCACACUGGGGACAAGGGUUCCACUCUCUCUCCCACUGCUUUGCAAGGGUGGGAGAAGGAGACUUGUCUGCUCAUUCCCUCUUCUUUCUCUUGCCCAGACUGGCAGACACUUCUCUGGGGACAAGGCCACAUGGCUUGAUGCAGCUUCAAGUGCUGUGGUUCUGUUGCUGGGAGAUGCGGGGAGAGGGGCUGUGGGGUGGUGCUUUGAAAUGGCCUCCAGCCCCCAGGAAUUGGCAGAAAUGUAUCCCACAUACUUGCUGGUGGAAAAAGAAGACAUUGGUUAGAAGAUAACCUCCAGCCAGCUUCUUGAGCCACAUUUUUAAAAAAAAAUUUCCACAGGUAAUCAGAGGUCAUUUACUUUUGUAAUAAAUAGCUGUUAUUUUGAAUGCCAUUGUUCUUGUUGCACUUAAUUGAAUCUGACUCACCCUCUGGCUCCUGGAAAGAGGAGAAGAAUGUUUUUUAUUUUCUUUUUUAUUUCUUAUUGUUGACAGUAUUACAGAUGUCUCCCACUUUCUCCCAUUUUGCCUCCCUCCACGUCCCCUGCCCUUACCCAGGCCUUCCCCAUACUAUUGUGUUUUCAGUGUGAGAACCAUUCUGUUGUGUAUCGUGACUGGUCUGAGGCCAUUCUAAUUCCAGCAGAGGCCCUGACCUGGGCAGGGCAGCCUGAUUUUACCCCGGGGGGCAUUUGGGCCCUCCCAUUAAUAAGGUUACCUGAGUAAUGUUGGUUAUUUUGUUUUAUAUAAAUUUACUUCAAAGUAA